CAUUAAUAAAAUACAACAACCAAAUAAUAUGCAAAAUUCUAUUAGUUUAAUGUCUUUAAAUAAAAAUAGUAAACAUCUCUUGGAAUGUUAUCAGCAUUUGUUUUAUAUGCUUCAAACAAAACCAUAUUAUUUAACAAAACUUAUAUUCUGUUUGCCAUAUUCAGUUCGUCACAUUUCUAAAUUUUUAGAACAAAUACUAAUGUCAGUUUUUAAUGCUGGGAGUAAUAGUCGUGAUGCUUAUUUUAUGUUAAAACUAUUAACACUAGCUCUUAAAGAAGAAAUCAAAAUUAAUUGUACUAAAGCAGCAGAAAUUAAAACUUCAAAUUUAUACAUAUUAAAAGCAAUUGUAGACCAGGCAAGAUGUUUUGAUAAUCAAAAACGUUUGAAUACAAUCUUUAGAACAGUAGUUGAAAAGCUGAUACACCAUAGAAAUAAUCUAUUUAUUGACACAAAUCCAGUUACAAUUUAUAGGGCUUGGCGUAAUGAAAUAGAAACCAACACUGGAGAAAUAUCAGAUCUACCAAGCUCCGUAGAUCAACAUACUGCAUUAAAAUAUGAAGAAGUUCAAAAAAGGUUAACUCAUAAUUUGGAACAGCUACAAAAUAUAACUGAAGAAUUUUUAAACAAAAUUCUAGAUUCCAAACCUUUAAUACCUUAUGCCAUAUUAUACACAGCUCGGAUAUUGUGUGAAACUAUACAUGAAUUAUUUCCCGAUACUCGAGAAAGUGAGGUGUAUAAGAUAAUUGGCUACUUUGUAUAUAAUUUAUACAUGAAUCCAGUGAUCAUAACACCUGAAAUUUAUGAUAUAUUUGAAACUAAAAUUGAAGAUGGAAUAAGUUAUCGACAACGACAUAAUUUAGCUAGUGUGGCAAAAAUCUUACAAUAUGCAUCAAAUAAAAAAGGAUAUAAAGAUGAAAUCCAUUUAAAAUGUAUGAAUCCAUUUAUACUUGACUGUUACACAAAAUUAAAACUGUUCUUUAACAAUUGUACAAAUGUUGAUGAUCCUGAAGUGCAUUAUAACAUAAAUGAAUUUACAGACGUAACACUUCUCACUAAACCAACAAUAAACAUAACAUUGCAGGAAAUCCAAGAAACACAUUCUUUAUUGUUGGAUAAUAUUGAUCAAGUAGCACCUGAUCCUAACGAUCCAAUUCAUCAAUUGCUCGAUGAAUUGGGACCUUCUGCACCAACACUUUCUCAACUUUAUGGAUCUGAUGACGAUGAUGUUAUUGUUCAAAGACGAAUUGCUACAGUUCAUGUUUGUCUCACAUUGUCUGAUAAAUUUGAACCUAAUACAAAAACUGCUUCUGUGACUAAAUUAUUCAUCAAGACUAAGGAAUUAUUGAUAAGAGUGCUUCCAUAUUUGAGUGGACAUACAUUACCAGGGUCUUUAAGAAUUGAUUCAACACCAGAUGAAGAAAGUCGAUUUGCUGAUAGAGAAGAUAAAAUAAGAGCUUCUGGAAAGACUGUAGAUUUUGAAGAGGGAACAUUAAAAGAAAUAAAAGCAAAAUUGAGAAAACAUUUGAAAGUCUUAGAAGAAGAAGGUAUUGUGUCAAAAGAUGAUGGAUAUCAAGGUAUUAUUACAUCAGUGGCUAAAGAUAUUUGUAAUCGAAAUAAAUAUCGUCAAAUACAAAUUAAGGAAUUGCAAAUGCUGAAAUCAACAAAACAGAGAUUAGAUGAAAAAAUUAAAUAUUUGGUAGAAAAAAUAAAAUCAUAUGAACAGUACAUACAAACUUGCUUGGAUAAACAUAACACAGGCCAAAAAAAACAAAAAAAAUCAUCUAAUAGAGGUGCACUGUUGAAGUCUAAGAAAAGUAUUCGAUAUACAGCAGCAAAAUUGCGAGAAAAAGGAGUACUAAUUGAAGUAGAAGGACUUCCGGAUGGGCAGUUUAAAAAUGCUCAAUUUGAAAUUUGCCCAACUGAUGUUCACGGUGUGUUUUUAGUCAAAGGAAAAUUUAUGGGAGUAGAAAUGGAAACUAUMAAUAUUGAUAUACAGGAUUUGUUGAAACGUCAAUUUGAAGGGGCAACAAUAAUGGAUAUUUUUGGCACAGCCAAAGUCAACGUUAAUUUGUUAUUGUUUUUAUUGAAUAAGAAAUUUUACUGUAAACAUUAAAAUCUAUCAAUGAAUAUGUAUGAUUUUGAAAAUUAUAAUUAGCA